GCGUUGGAAGUGUUUCAUACAUUCCCGUGGAUGAUUGGCUUUCAUCAUGACUGGCAAGGAGAUUUGUGUUUGGACAUGGUUCAUUUUAGAGUUUUUCCUCUCUUCUGUUAUUGGAGAAUCCUCAGGACCAUUUUUCAUGGUAACGUUUCCUGCAGUAAUUGAGUCUGGCUCUCAGGCCAGGCUGUGUGUCAGUCUUUACAAGCCAAAUGAGACCCUUUCAAUGAACAUUCAGCUUGUUAAUAAUGGCCUGAAAACGCCUUUGUACAAGACUGAAGCAAAGACUGGAUUUCAUCGCUGCUUUUUCUUCCAGGCUCCACUGGUAAUGGGAGAAUCUGUGCAGAAAAUAAAAACCGUAAUUAAGGGGAGGUCUUUUAAUUUGACUGAGGAGAGUAAGGUCCUUUUCAAAAGUUAUGACAAUUUGACGUUUAUCCAAACCGAUAAACCCAUCUAUAAUCCAGGUCAAACAGUGUUUUUCAGAGUUGUAACGAUGGAUGAUAAUUUUGUGCCUCUUGAUCAGAAGUACAGUAUGGUUGUGGUGGAGGACAAUCAGAAUAACAGGAUUGGUCAGUGGGCAAAUGUUUCCUCCUCGAGGUGGAUCUUGCAGCUUUCUCAUGAAUUAAACCCAGAAGCUCUACAAGGCAUGUACACUCUGGUUGCUUUUAUUGGUGACCGGAUGGUUAAAUGGCCUUUUGAGGUGAAAAAGUAUGUUUUACCCAAGUUUGAUGUCACUGUGAAAGUGCCGCAGACACAAAGUGUUGGUGAAGUUGGACUGAAAAUUGAGGUUUGUGCAAGGUACACAUAUGGACAACCUGUUCCUGGUAGCACACUGGUUAAAGUGUGCCGUAAUCCUUUUGACUUUGUUUCUGUUCCUGUGGUGGUUCCUCUGUGUUCAAAUAAAACUGCUGUGAUGAAUGAUUCUGGUUGUGCCUCCGUUAUCUUCAGUACAUCUACUUUCUUGAGCUCCACGUUUGAGAACUCUCUGCAAGAUUCUCUUGUAGUUAACGCAAGUGUAACUGAGGAGGGAACAGAUAUAGUCAUGACAAAAUCUGAAAGCGUAUCCCUGACUUAUGAAAUUGGAAGGAUCAUGUUUAUGGAGAUCCCUGACUUUUUUACAACUGGAUCAGCUCUAAAGGGAAAGGUCAAUGUUACAAGUUUCAAUGGGAAACCAAUUCCAGGCAAAGUUGUCUAUAUCUUGGGACUUUGGAGCUGGCCACCAAUACAGCUCAAGAGUCUUAAAACGGACAGCAAUGGACAGGCAUCCUUCUCCAUCAAUACUAGUAUUUUUCCAAAAAGUGAUGCUCCGCUGACGGCGAGCGUUACGCCAGAUGCUGCUUUUGGCUACAAAAAGGCGUACAUUACUUCAGCUGAGAAAAACGUCCAGCUGUUUCAAAAAUCUGCUCCCACUACACCAACAAGUACACUUACUAUAGUGAAGCCAGAGCAACCAUUGAAGUGUGGUGUGGAGUUUUCAGUAAACAUCAAAUAUUCAUUUGUUGGAGAGAAAUUAAACCAUGUCUGCAGCACAGACAUAGUCUACAUGGUCUUGUCAAAAGGGGCGAUUGUUCAACAUGGAUACCAAAAAGUUGAAGUGACCGCUAAUGCAGUGUUGAGUGGCACGGUGUCUUUCAUGCUCUCCGUUACACCAAAGCUGGCUCCAGUAGUGCAGAUUCUGGCAUACUGCAUUCUACCUAGUGCAAGUGUAGUUGCUGUUGGCACAGAUUUUGACACCGAAAAAUGUUUAAGAACCCAGGUGUCCGUGCAGUUCUCUCCUGAUAAAGCAGUUCCAGGGGAGAACAACACUAUACAGCUAUCGGCUCAACCUGGUUCCCUUUGUGGCCUUAGCGCUGUAGAUCAGAGCGUGUUGAUUUUGGAGCCGGGGAGACGUUUGAAUGCUGAAGCGAUCUUCAAUUUGCUGCCAGUGCGGACACACUCCGGUUAUCCUUAUGAAGUAGAUGAUGACCCAGGAUGUUUGUUUUUUGGACCUCGUCCACCUGUUCUACCCCUUCUGCCUCUAAAUCCUGUUCUAUCUCCUACACGCCGAAGCAUUUUGCCUAGGCCAGUACCCCAGGGAAAUACCCAGGCCUAUUACACCUUUAAGGACUUGGGGCUGAAGAUUGCAACAAAUUUGGCUGCACUAAAACCACAGUGCAACUUUUUGGAUGUGAUGUUUCUUCCUGGAGUCAUGGCAAUGGCUCCUGUUGUGGCUGCUGCUGAACAACCAAGUGCAAGCUCUGAGUCCCUUUCUGAUGUUACCAUUCGGACAGUCUUCCCGGAGACGUGGAUAUGGCAACUUGCAGAAGUGGGGGCCUCUGGAACUGCUCUGGUUACUGUCAAGGUUCCUGACACAAUCACCACUUGGGAGACUGAGGCCUUCUGUCUGUCCCCCAAAGGUCUGGGUCUGGCUCCCCCUGCUUGGCUCACCGUUUUCCAGCCCUUUUUUGUGGAGCUCUCUCUGCCUUACUCCAUAAUCCGUGGUGAGAGCUUUGAGCUGAAGGCCACUGUCUUCAACUAUCUGUCCAAGUGCAUCAUGGUCACAGCAACUCCAGCGGCUUCCUCGAGCUACACUCUUCAAGCCAACUCUCCUCCGUAUUCUACCUGUCUCUGUGCCAAUAGGCGGAACACCUUUAAAUGGACCCUUAUUCCCCUUGUUCUUGGAGUUCUGAAUGUGACCGUUAGUGCACAGGCCGUGCAGACGAAGACUGUGUGUGGCAAUGAGAUUGUGACCGUGCCACAAAGAGGGCGCAUCGAUUUAGUCACUCGACGUCUACUUGUUCAGGCUGAAGGUGUUGAAAGGCCAAAAGCCUACAGCUGGUUGCUGUGUCCACAGGGAAGCCAUGUCCUGGAACAGGUGACUCUGACUGUACCUGCAAAUGUUAUAAGUGGAUCCACCAGAUGUUCUGUUUCAGUUGUUGGGGACAUAUUGGGCCGCGCAUUAAAGAAUCUUAAUGGGCUGAUAACCCUGCCAUCUGGUUGUGGAGAACAGAACGCUGCUAUAUUUUGUCCCAUUAUUUACAUUCUUGACUACCUGGUGUACACUGCGCAGGUUAACUCAGCCAUCAGAGAAAAAGCCCUUAACUUCCUAAGGAUUGGAUACCAGGGAGAACUGAACUACAAACAUCCUGAUGGUUCAUACAGUGCAUUCGGUACUGGUGAUGGGAAUACAUGGUUGACUUCAUUUGUCCUGAGGUGUUUUGGCAAAGCACAGACCUACAUAUAUGUUGAUCCAAAUGUUAUCCUAAGUGCAAAGAACUGGUUGGUAAGUAGGCAGGGUCCAGAUGGCUGUUUUGCACAAGAGGGAAUUCUUCACCACCAUGAAAUGAAGGGUGGUGUAGAUGAUAAUGUCACCAUGACUGCCUACAUUAUGAUAACUUUGCUUGAACUGCGAACUCCAGUCUCUGAUUCAGUAGUUGUCAGGGGUUUGUCCUGCUUGAGGCUGGUCAUUGGGAAUAUAGUAAACACUUACACCACUGCUCUCCUUGCCUACACGUUCAGCCUUGCUGGAGAGACAAACACUCGACAGACUCUGUUAACGAAGUUGAACAAUAUUGCCAUCACAACUGGUGGUCUUCACUGGUCUCAGAUUGCGUCUGGUACCGAAACGACUGGUUCUUUAACAGUGGAGAUCAGCUCAUAUGUUUUGCUAACUGUUCUUACUGCAAAUCAACUCUCUCCAGCUGACCUUGGCUAUGCUAACAGGAUUGUCCGCUGGCUUGUGCAGCAGCAGAAUCCCUGUGGAGGAUUCUUCUCCACACAGGACACAGUGGUGGCUCUUCAGGCGCUCUCGUUGUACGCCAGAGUGUUCCGUUCUACUGGAUCCAGCACAGUGACCAUAUCAUCUGUGGGAGAAACUUACCAAUUUGUUGUGAAUGAAGCAAACCAACUGCUGUAUCAGGAGAAGUCUCUGAAGAACGUUCCAGGCAAAUAUAGUAUUGACGUAAAGGGCUCUGCUUGUGCAUCUGUGCAGAUUGCUGUAUUUUACAACAUUCCAGCACCUGUUCAGACCAACAAACUGAGUGUUGAAGCCAAGGUCACGGGAGACUGCCUUUCAUCACUUGGACAAAACUUAAGGCUGGAAUUCACUGUUAAAUACAUUGGGACACAAUCAAAUACUAACAUGGUAAUUGUGGAUAUUAAACUCCUAUCAGGGUUCACUGCAGACCCCUCAACGUUUACUCCACCCAAUUCAUUUGUACCAAUUGUGGAGCGUGUUGAUUAUGCGGGGGAUCAUGUCAUAGUGUACUUGAAAACGGUUCCAAAAGGUGUUCCUUUGACUUUCCGGCUACAACUGACAAGAGCUUUCCAAGUGAAGAAUAUCAAGCCAGCUGUGAUCAAAGUCUAUGACUACUAUGAACCAAGUGACCAGUCUGAGACUACAUAUGCCUCCCCCUGUGUGUGAGAUGGUGGUUGCCUUUUUACAUUUCAAUAAAAUUUGUGCAAUGCAUGCCUUUGUGUUUUGGCAAGAUUUAAUUGGG